AACAAGAAUAUAUUAUAAUGGAAUAAAACAAAACUUUUGUCAGUGUCUAAAUAUAGAUGGACGUAACAGUAUGUCUGAUUUAGAACCAGGGGAUUUGUUAAAGACUCUGGGGGCACGUGCAGAGACAACAACUUUGCAUUAUGAUCAGACACGAAGAGGAAGAGGAGGAGCAGACAGCAGAGGAGGCACAAAGGUCAGCAUCUCGCUCACAGAAGUGAUUUAGAUUACAGACGGAGGUGAGGGACAGAAAGGGAUCAGGCACUUGGCCAUCGUUUAAACUGUUUUAUUAAAAUUAAUUAUAGUACAUAUUUGUGAAGCUGCUGCUCCCUAGAGUAACAUGACAAAGCAGGUCAGCAGCUCACCUUUCCUGAAGCCCUUCUUUCUGAAGACACCAGUCAGAGUGGUCAGCCCUCUGCGGCAAAGACGACACACACUCCCUGCCAGCGAAUUCAGAAAUCUCACCCGACAGGAUGCAAUCAGUGUGUUCGAAAUUGAAAGAGAAGCAUUUGUGUCCGUCUCUGGCGAGUGUCCACUUACGCUGGAUGAAGUGCUCAAUUUUCUGGGUCAGUGCCCUGAGCUGUCUCUGGGCUGGUUUGAGGAGGGACAGUUGGUGGCCUUCAUCAUUGGCUCCGGUUGGCACAAGGAAAGGCUUUCACAGGAGGCCAUGACCCGGCACGUUCCAGAUACCCCCACUGUGCACAUUCAUGUGCUGUCCGUGCACCGCCACUGUCGACAGCAGGGCAAAGGCUCCAUCCUAUUGUGGCGCUACCUGCAGUACCUGCGCUGCAUGCCGGGUCUCCGCCGAGCUCUGCUCAUCUGCGAGGACUUCCUGGUGCCCUUCUACCUAAAGGCCGGCUUCAAGGAGAAAGGGCCAUCUGGGAUCUCCGUGUCCAACAUGCAAUUUCAGGAGAUGGAGUACAUGCUGAACGGGCGGGCGUAUGCACGGCGGAACAGCGGCUGCUAGUCAGCUGCAUGUACUGGACAAUGUAGCAGAUCUGUGCACUACUGGACUGGGCUCAACAUCCAACCCAUGAGAAAGGAGCAAAGGUUUGCAUGGAUAGAGUGGACUGAGAGUGGAUUCAGGCAACACAAUGUUGCUUUUUACUGAUGAUGUGGCU